UUUUAUUUUAAAAAAGAACUUGUUUAGUAGAUUCAUUUAUGCCAAAAAUAUUAUUUAUGGCAUAUUUGAUUUGAUUAUUACAAUUACUGAACAUCAAAUAAUAUCCAUUGUCUUGAGACAAUGAGAGGUGCAAUGCGGGCCAAUCGAUCUUGUUUUCCAAGCACAUAUUUAUUUAUUUAAACAUUUCUUUUACACGCACAGUGAAUGCCUGAAGAAAGGACGCUGCAACUUUCCGAUCACUGCACGCAAAUUUUUUAAUCAAGACAAGUUAAUAAAUUAUUCUCAAAUAUAAUGUGAAAUAAAACUUUACUUUCCUUGGUUUUACCAAUUUUCCUUAUAUCAUGCUGAUUUUUGCAGAGAACCAAAACCUCUUUAAUUUCUUGUCUAAUCGAUGUAUUUCAAUCCACAUGUUAUGAAAAUGCUUUGAAUACAUGCAUACAUACAUAUGCCUUUUGCUGUAUCACAUAUACGAGUGCAAUAAAGAAAACCCUGUUUAAUACCUUACAAACGUAGUUCUAUGUUAAUUAUCUAUAAUUAAUUGCAUUUUGCAUAGCAAAGUAUAGGCGUGUAUUUAAGUAUGUGCGUAUACAUGUAACUUCAGAAACAAUGGUAUUUUUAUCGGCUGGUGUUUACGAAAUCUAAUACUUAAGGGGUAGCUGCACGCAGCUUCUCUGGAGCGAGAUGAGAUAAGCAGUUUUAGAAGCGGCUCAUUAUGCCAUCCCCAUCUAUAAACACAUCUGUUAGCUCUACUGGCAGACACGCGACACCGCUAUUGGUCCACCCAGGUCCACCUCAGAAAUAGGGUUUCGGAUGUUACACGGAUCCUAUUUGUUUAUGGGGACGAGUCCUCCCCAUUCCAUCGUCCUCGCAAGGAAGGAAGAAGGGAUAUGAAAAAAGUCACAAAGAAAGAUCCAGUCCAUUUGAAGCGGUCCUCGGUGCAUUCGACAUUCAGCAGUUCGCUAGCCGUUUUCGUCGCGAUAGGAUCACGGCAACAGCAGUUAACGAUGGAAACUAUAACGCAGAAAGUUCAAUCCACCGAAAAUACCGCAAUGGAUUAUCAGUUGACCAUUAGAUUGUUAGAAAUGCUGCAAAGGACAAAAUAUGAAUUAGUGCAGGAGAACGGACAACGACGUUUGACCGCUCCGGAAAUUGUGCGCGGUGAAAAGCAACGCGUAAAGGGUGCCGAAAUUUUUCUCGGCCGUUUACCGCGCGACUGCUACGAGGACGAGCUGAUGCCGAUGCUCGAAAAAGUCGGUCGGUUGGUCGAAUUGCGAUUAAUGCUCGAUUUUUCUGGGUCCACGCGCGGGUACGCGUUCGCGUUGUACGAGAGUACGAAAAUCGCGAAGAACGCGUGUGCUGUGCUCGAUGGGUACGAGAUCAGGCCCGGGCAUCGUAUCGGUGUCGUUAAAUCGGUCGACAAUUGUCGCCUCUUCUUCGGUGGAGUGCCAAAAGACAAGACCAAGGAAGAAUUCAUGCAAGAGCUGAGCAAGAUGCUCGAAGGAAUCACAGACAUUUAUCUGUACCCAAGUUCGUAUGACAAAAGUUUGAAUCGCGGUUUCAUCUUCGUCGAGUUCGAAGAUCACAGAGCCGCUGCAAUGGCCAGACGAAAAUUGAUACCUGGAAGAGUCGUUUUAUGGGAUCAUGAAGUCGCGGUCGACUGGGCCGAUCCCGAACCCGGCGAUCCAAUCGAUGAGGAAAUUAUGAAAAACGUUACUGCUUUGUUUGUACGAAAUUUGCCUUUUGACAUGACCCAACAAAAAGUUCGCGAUAUCUUUCAAAAAGCCACACAAAUCCCGAUUUUGAAGUUAAAGAAAAUUAAUCACUUCGCGUUUGUGCAUUACGAAAACCGUCAAGCAGCGGAAAGUGUAAUGAACAUUAUGACAAAGCGUAAUGGUGUCGCCGAGGCUGAGGGCUGGGAAAUUCGUUGGGCAAAACCAAUCGGAGCAACAAAAGUAUUGGAAAGACAACGGUGUAUUAACGAAGCCGUGGCGCAAUCGAGACAGUAUAAAUCAUUACGAUGUCCAACAAAACAGUCGGACGUUAAACCGACCGUAGAUAUAAACUCUAAUAAUGUAAUGGACAUAGCUGAAAUUCACAUGAACGGUUUGCAAAAUUUUGUUAAGAACACGUUUGACGCCGUUUGCCGUUUUGACUGCGCGCCGUUUGCAUCUACUGAAGGUUUUCUGUGCAAGAUCACCAUUUUUAAAAAUGCCAUCACUCUGUUUGAAUAUUAUGGCCAGCCGAAACCUACGAAACAGAACGCGAUCAUCGCGGCAUGCACGAAGAUGUAUGAAAUGAUUGCUACCACAUACCAAAAUUGCGCAUUGCGGAAAAAUGAGAAAGUUUCCAUGGGGCAGAAAUCAAGUCUUAAUCCUGCGGUAGGAGCGCCGGUUAUCUGGAAUAGAGAAUAAGACUAUAAUUUAUUUGAUUUCAUUUUUAAAGAAAUGACUUGCAACUUUCUUUUUCUACUACAAAUUAUUGAUAACGUAGAGAUCCAACGGAGCAUGACUGCUAAAUUAUCAAUGAAAUUUUUAAAUUUUAAAUUCUAUGUACUUCUAACAGGGAAUGAAGUCUUCGGUAAUACAUUUUUGCAUAUCGAAUUUUAUCCGAAUUUUAACAUCACAUAAGAAAGAUAAUAAUUUGUUCGGACAUGUGACUAUAAUAUUUUAAUGAGUUAUAUAGAGCACAGUUUUAAAGGAACAUACAAUAUAUUAUUGGAUGUACCACUUUUUAUAUCAUGAAAUAAAGUGUUUUUUUUCUGCGAUGUCUAUAAAACAAAAUAUUGAAUUCAAAUUGGACUUCUGAUAUAAAUAAAUAAAUAAUGAAAGACAGAAUCGUAGGUUCUCUACGUUAGAUACAUAUAUUUUAUGUACGUGUUGAGAUAAUUUAAAAAUUAUCGUUACUAUUUAAAUUACAUGUCAAUCGGAUGUGAGUUACUGAUUUUAGUAUAGAAGAUAUUAUUUAAUUAGAUAAUUAAUAGAUCAUUGAUAAAUUAAUCAAAAACUCUGUUAAUCAAAUACGAAACGCGAUCAACUUAAUCAGAAUUAUUUUACAAUGGAAUUUUCGUAAUCAUAUAUUGUCUUUUAUUUUUUUGUUCGAUAUUAUGUAAACGACGAAAAAAUAUGUUUUUUUUUUCAUAAUCAAUUGACACAAUUGUAUGUCAAAUAAACAUUGAUAAUAAACAGGCAUAUUUAAUUUUGGUGUGUAUUUUUGAAAUAUAUGAAUCGUUUUCUUAAAGACUGUAUGAUUCAAACUUCUAUGGGUGGGUUAGUAUCUCAUACUGGG